AUGUCAUCAAAUCUGGACGACGUGAAGCAGGCCCUGAAGGCUAUUUCCGAGCAGACGGCCCAGGUGUUGUCUGCUGUUUCUGCUAUUUCACAGCGUGUUGAGAAGCUAGAGAAGGCCCAAGAAGAAAACCACCGGCAACAGCAGCCAAACGGCACCAGGGCCAACGCAGAUGUUGAGAAGCGUGCCGCUACCCCUCUUGCCGGUGGCUUCACGCCGUCCUCGUCAACAGUGAUGCCCGCGGAGGCCGGUACCCAGUCACCGCCGCCAUCAUCGGUCAAGUCAGGCUUCUCAACUCGUGUUGUCCUUACCACUUAUCCUAAGCAGAUCGGUAUCAACCCUAUUCCGCUGAACUGGGGUGCUGCCGACCCUCAUGAGCGUGGCCCUGUCACCGUUCUCAGGUCGCCUUCCACGAUCGGCAGGCGAAAUGCUAUUGGUGCCCAUGCUGGCUCUUAUUCCAUCUAUUAUGCUCUAGCCCUCGCCAGCAGGGAGCUCAAGGCCGAUCACAGGCCAGAUUUCACGAACACCGAACCUGCUGUAAAUAUCGGUCCUUUUCCUCAAUGGGGCGAUCCAAAAAAGAUCGUAGCCAUGGACCCCUGGGGCCAUUUAGUCCCCUGGAUUUUCAAAGAUAAGAUUGAGAAGGAAGGAGUGGACCUACGUCCGACCAUUGCCAUCACCAAGGCUCACAUGAAGCUGCCUGAACUUGAGGACAGCGUCAAGAGCGGGCGUUUGGUUCCUGACGGCAAAGUCUGCCUCAACAACGAGGGCGAGCUCAAUGUCACCAAGAUCGCGGUCGAGCCUGUCUGGUAUCUGCCGGGAGUUGCUGAGCGGUUCGGUAUCGAUGAAGGAACGCUGCGGAGGUCCCUUUUUGAGUACACGGGCGGCAUGUAUCCUGAGUUGAUCACUCGCCCUGAUAUGAAGGUUUUCCUGCCUCCUAUUGGUGGCUUGACGGUGUACAUCUUCGGUGACCCGGCUAGGGUUUCCGAUCCUUCGAAGAGGCUUGCACUGCGCAUUCAUGACGAGUGCAAUGGCAGCGACGUCUUCUGCUCUGAUAUUUGUACCUGCCGACCGUAUCUCAUCUUCGGUAUCGAGGAGGCUGUGAAGGAGGCACAAAAUGGCGGCAGCGGCGUCGUCAUCUACUUCCGGAAGGAGGUUGUGUACAACGCCCGCAAACGCGGCCAGGAUCGUGCCUCGGACUACUUCAAGAGAACCGAGAACAUUGCCGGCGUCAAGGAUAUGCGGUUCCAGGCCUUGAUGCCCGAUAUCCUACAUUGGCUGGGCAUCACAAAAAUUGACAGGAUGCUCAGUAUGAGCAACAUGAAACACGACGCCAUUGUUGGGCAAGGCAUUCCCAUUUACGAACGGGUUGAGUUGCCUGAACACAUGAUCCCGGCCGACUCAAGAGUCGAGAUUGAUGCCAAAAUCAAUGCCGGCUACUUUACGACUGGUCACCGGAUGACUGAAGAGGAGUUGAAGUCGGUACAAGGUCGCAUUUGGGAAGAGUAA